AUGACCUACAGCACCAGGAGACGGAGCGAGCCAAAGCACCGCCGCCGGGCACACAAGAACCAUCCGGCAAACGGCACAGACAACAGCUUCUCGCUCCCCCGCGGUCAGGGCCAAGGACGCAACAGCUACCGGCAGGCCUGUCCGCAAGUGAACAGCCGAAGGCGCUGCCGCCACCCACGUAGAGCUCGCUGUACUGGAGAGGAAGUGAGGUCUCUAUCUUCCCUGUGUGCGCCCACCUGCUGCUGUGUGCCAUCAGGAAGGGGGGUGUUGAUUCCGACUGAAUCUGACUCUGUGAUUGGGCUGAUGGCGGCUGGGCGCUGCGUUCCAGCGCGUAUAACGACACAGCUGCCUAUUCGGGUUGUAGCGGUGGGCCGCAUUGCCAAGAAUUGGAAAGAGGCUCCUUCUGUUUGGAACCCCACGAAGGCGAUUCAUUGCUCGGAAUGUGGACACAUCGGAAUUUCGCAUCGGACUCUGAGCGUGGUGCGAGCCAGACAUGCUCAGAUCUCCAUAGGAAUCACAACUAUGAAUGCUGUAAAUGCUCUGCAGCUGUUCAUUCUGGUUUGGACCUUUACGGCUGUCUGUCAAGAUUAUGAUGAUGUCAUAGUAAGCUGUCAGAAUGUGACUGGAUCUGUGGGGAAAGAAGUAACUCUCACCUGCAGCGUCUCUCUGCAGAACAUUGAAUGCUGCAUUGUGAUGUAUUUGUUUAAAUACCCUGAUAUCAAUAAAGACUCUACAAUCUGUCAAGAUUUUCCUGUGAACUCCUGUGAACAGAGAAACAGUUUCACAUGCAGCUACACUCCAACUACAGCAAUGAAAGAACAAUUCAGUUUCUUUGUGCAGACAAAAUGUGUAGUGAAAAGAACAGAAUUCACUGUGGACACAUCAGAAAAAUACAUGGGGCAUAAAACUGACAUUGAAGCUCCUGACCAGAAAGGUAUUGGAACUGAGGCCAUCGUCAUCACUGCUGUAAGCUGUUUCAUCAUCAUCAUCAUCAUCGUUACUGCAAUCAUCUGUGUGAAGAAGUUCAAAAGCACCAACCCUUCUGGAUUACAGAAGAAAUAUGAAAGAGGUGUUUCUGAAGAACAAACAGAGAUGACCACAAAUGUUUAGAAAGAGACACUAUGAAAACAGCUAAUUUUGUUUAAUCUUUCAUGUCAAUGAUAAUGUCCAGAUGCUGAAGUGUAAAAUUCACAAACAGUGUCAGCAACAAUGAUUGAUCAGUAUAUUGGUCAAACUAAUGAAUCAGACAGUAUUUGGCUGUGUUGAGAUUGUCUGCAUCAGAUAAUAAUUCUGCUCGUGUUUUCAAACACUUUGAUGUAUUUUAAGUAAAUAAUGUGUAAACUAAGUGUUUUUUUGUUUUUUCCUGGCAUUUUUGAGCACCAUAUAGCUGCAUUGCAUAUGCCAUUGCAUUGAUCUAUUGUAUUUGCAUUAUAAUUGUAUUUAUUUACUAAAUUGCUGUUAAAUUAUGAAAGUGUCACGAUACUCUAACGAUUGUCUGAAAUCUCUUUUUAUCAUUUUUAAUAAAUUUGUCAUCAGUAAAAAGUAAGUUAUACCAGUGAAAAUGGUAAAGUCUUUUCUGGUGUCAGAUGAAUAUAACUAAACUAUCAACUAUAUCUGAAUAUAACUGUUGCAAUGCAUUGAUCUACCAACUUGUGUCUUGUUCUGAGAUGUAUAUAUGCAUCAGUUUGUUGUUGACUGAGUGUCGUUUACUGACUCUUAGUGGAUGAUUCCUGCUUGUUUAUUAUUCCCAAUGAGAACAAAACUAAUAUUGUUAUAAACUGAAAGUAAAGAAAACACUAUUA